AUGUUGAUUAAACCAAUUACUGAGACUAGAACCCCUCGUCACACCCUUGACGAUGAAGAUGUUAAUGCAAAGCCAAACCCCAUUCCAGAAAUCAAAGUAUCAUUGAAGGGAGACACUUAUGCCUAUGCAUUGAUUGUUCCCCACACUUUAAGCUUAAUACAAGAGCAUUUACCAAAUAAAGCAAUUACAGGGGAAAUAGCAAUUGAUUAUCUAAACUUGAUCAAAGAUUUGUCUACAGAGGAACAAGAAGAAUACGAUGAAGACGAACAAUUGUACGCUGCUCUUGAAAACAAAGCUCUCAAAAACAAGUUUAAGAAAGAGAAAAUACCAGUCUAUUUAUCUAAUGGCGUUUUAUCAAUAGUGGUGCCUCAUUUUACCAAUACAAUCACCUACAAUGUCCUUGCAAGACAAUUAGUUCAGCAUUUGAAGCCACUGAAGAGUUGGAUUUUAUUAGCUCCAUCCAAUUUAAACAACAACCAAACAAUAAGCAAGUUACCUUUGGAAUCAGACACCUCAUCUUCUGUGUUAUCACAAGUUCCGGUAUUGAGACCGCCACAUUCCAUCACAGGCACCACCGCAGCCAUUUUAUCACAGUUAAACUUGUCGGGUGUAACUAAUGUCACUACGUUGAUAUUGAAUUCAGAAGGACACUUAGGAUUUGAAAAGUCAGACAACGAUGCUAUUGUGGACACUGCAUUUGUCUUGGGUGAUAUCAUUGCAACUAGUAAACAAGAGUAUGUGAAGAGAAUAAGUUCAGAAGUGAGGAAAUUCAAUGGAUAUUCAAAUUUGGGCAUAUACAUCUAA